AUGCCACCAUCAAGAAAAACUGACGAGCAACACAGCCUAACGCGAAUCGCCGUCGUUAAUGCCGACCGUUGCAAGCCACGGAAAUGUAACCUGGAGUGCCACAGAUGUUGCCCUGUUGUCUUACAAGGUAAACUAUGCAUUGAAGUUACCAAUCAGAGUACCGUUUCAAAAAUUUCCGAGGAACUUUGCAUCGGGUGUGCCCUUUGCGUGAAGAAAUGCCCCUAUGAUGCAAUUCGUAUUAUUAAUCUACCUUCAAAUUUAAAUAAAGAUACAGUUCAUAGGUACGGUCCAAAUAGUUUUAAGCUUCAUCGUCUUCCAUUACCACGCCCUGGCCAAGUUUUAGGCCUUGUUGGUGCUAAUGGAACCGGCAAAUCUACUGCUUUGUCAAUUUUAAAGGGAAAGAUAAAGCCUAAUUUGGGCCGCUAUAAGGAUGAACCAGGCUGGGAUGAAAUCUUGAAGUAUUUUCGGGGUUCAGAGCACCAGGCAUACUUUCAGCAUCUUAUAGACGAUGAGCUUCGAGUUCUUCUCAAACCACAAUACGUUGACAAAAUUCCUAAAGUCACGAAAGGUAUCGUUGGUGAGCUUCUCAAAAAGGUUGAUGAAAGAGGAAUGAGGGAUGAAUUAAUGAAUGUUUUGGAGCUAAAAAAUAUUGCAGAUCGAUCUCUGGAUAAGCUUUCUGGGGGCGAGCUUCAACGCUUCACCAUAGCGAUGCUAUGCGUUCAGAAUGCAGCUGUUUACAUGUUUGAUGAACCUUCAAGCUAUCUUGAUGUUAGACAGCGCCUCACAGCAGCCCAAGUUAUUCGUUCCAUGCUAACUCACACGAACUAUGUCAUCAUAGUUGAGCAUGACUUGUCUAUUUUAGACUACAUGUCCGAUUUCAUCUGUGUCCUGUACGGUGUCCCCGGUAUCUAUGGCGUGGUAACAAUGCCGUAUGGUGUUCGUGAAGGAAUUAACAUCUUCCUGGACGGCUUUGUCCCCACAGAAAAUCUGAGGUUUCGGGAUGAAAGUUUGACUUUUAAUAUAUCAGAUGAUGUUGAGGAAGGAAUUAGGAAACGUCAUUCCACGAUGGAAUACCCUUCAAUGACCAAGAAGUUGGGCUCAUUUUCACUGAGUAUUGACUCAGGAAGAUUUUCUGAUUCUGAAAUCAUUGUUUUAUUAGGUGAAAACGGCUGUGGGAAAACAACAUUUAUACGAAUGCUUGCCGGGCAUAUCCAACCAGAUAAUGGAGUGGAAGUUCCUCAGUUAUCCAUUAGCUAUAAGCCUCAGAAAAUAGCUCCUAAGUUUGAGGGUACAGUCCGUGAUCUCUUACAGACAAAGAUCUACGACAUGUUUAUUCACCCUCAGUUUCAGGCGAAUGUCUUGAAGCCAUUGACCAUUGAAGAGCUCCUUGAUCAGGAGGUUCAAAAUCUUUCGGGAGGCCAGCUACAACGUGUGGGUCUAUGCAUUGCACUUGGUACACCAGCUAAUAUUUACCUGAUUGAUGAACCUAGUGCGUACUUGGACUCCGAUCAACGUAUCAUUGCCUCCCGCGUGAUCAAACGCUUUAUUUUACACAGUAAGCGAACUGCUUUCAUUGUCGAGCAUGAUUUUGUUAUGGCGACUUAUCUUGCUGAUAGGGUCAUCUUAUAUAAUGGAACACCAGCAGUUGAUUGUACUGCCAAUACCCCUUGUGGGCUUCUGGAGGGGAUGAAUAGGUUUCUAAGAAAUCUAAGUAUUACUUUCCGUCGUGAUCCCACGAAUUUUCGUCCACGUAUUAACAAGCUGGACUCUGUGAAAGAUCGUGAACAAAAGGCAUCUGGUAAUUACUUCUAUAUGAACGACUAUGCAGAGGAUCCUAAGACAAAGGAUCCAAAAAAUAAGAACACAGAGGAAGUGAAUGGGGAUGGAUCGUUUGCCAAAGCACAUGGGAAGGGAAACUAUGUUUCUGAGAAUAUUGGAAAGGACAAUCAUCAUAAAGUGAGUAAAAGGAGAAAUCAAGCAAUAAAAAAAAUCACUUAA